AUGAGCAUUCAGGAAAGGUCGAUAGCGAUUAUGUCGGCUGUGGAUGCUCCACACAAUUACGAGGCCAUUCUCAGAGACGCAGAUCUUCCAGUCUCUCCCUCUAUUGUUCAACAGUUACAUUCUGGUGGUGUUUUCUUGAAGCCCAAGAAUCUGAUCAAAUAUUGGGUGGACGAGAAAAACAACAAUUGCUUCAUGCUCUUUCCAAGGAAACUCUCUAUCACUUGGUCUGAUGAUCCCAACUAUUGGACAUGGUUUCGCAGUGAGGAGUCACCAAAGGAGACAAAUGUAGAAGCUGUGGAGUUGAAAAACGUGUGUUGGCUCGACAUCUCCGGAAAAUUCAACACUAGUAAACUCACUCAGGGGGUUACUUAUGAGGUGGUAUUUAAAGUGAGGCUAGAGGAUCCGGCCUAUGGAUGGGACACACCAUUAAUCUUGAAGCUAGCAUUCUCUAACGGUAAGGAGAAACCGCAUGAACGAAAGAUGAGUUUGAGGGAACAACCGAGGUAUCAAUGGGUCGAUAUUAGAGUCGGAGAGUUCAAGCCAGAGAAUAGUUCUGCCGGAGAAAUCGUUUUCUCAAUGUAUGAGUAUGAGGCUGGCGUUUGGAAGAAAGGGCUCUUCCUCAAAGGUGUUGCAAUUCAUCCCAAAUAUAAUUAA